CUCUGAGAACCUGGUGGAUAAUCUGGAAAACCUUUUCAACAUAAAAUUCGGCAUUAAAAAUGUGUUGUUUACAUUAAUUUUUUAUUAUUAUUGAUAAUCUUUCUUUUAUUUUCUUUAGCUCAUCAUGUCAUUGAGCAACUUGGUACCACGAAGAUAUAUCUCACUGAACUCCGUUUUAUUCAGAUAUGCUACAGUUGCCAAAGAUGGUUCACGCAAUGAAAAAAAAGAAGUGUCCAACAAAAAGCAAGAUUGGGCUCGUGUAAGAUACGCUGGGUUAGAAGAAGUUUCAGUAAAACGACGAUACUAUCAAAGAAAUGAGUAUUUCAAUAGUGAUCCUGAGCAAGCCAAGAAUACUUCAAUCGAGCUUUUCAACCGGAUGGCUCAAUCAUUGAAGGACCAAGGGUAUUCAAGAGAAAUGAAACCAUAUACACCCAGAGAAGAUGUUAUUGAAUGCAUCAAGAAUAUUUACAUGUGCUAUUUUACUCCGAAAACCGAAAACGAUGAUGACUGGCUAAGUCAACCCCUUGAUGAUAUGUUCACCAAAUUUAGUUUCUUAAGUGAAUGUGAUAAACAACUCGAACACGAAAUUCCUAGUCCUGAUUUGCAUUUGAUGAAAACAGUAAAUGAUGUUGUUGAAUUUUAUAGAACACCAGUUAGAGGGUUGACAACUUAUGAUGAUCUUGCUCGACGUCAGAAUGAAUUGCCGCCUAAUCUCAACAUAAUCAACCAGUAUAUACGUUUUAAUCCCGAAACCGAUACUUUUUUCAAUGGUAAAGAUGCAUUUCCAAACAAUCCAAUGGUUGUCACUGGAAUAAAAGGAAAACAGAAAUAUGAAGAUAUUAAAGUUCCAUUUGAAUGGCCUGAUGUAUGAUUUAGAUUAUGCUAAUUAGUCUGUUAACAAUUAGAUACCAUUGUAAGUGUUUUCUGACAUUGUCUCUAUCUUUGUUUACAGUUAAUAUACAAAUAUUAGCAUUUUGUAUUAAUAAAAUUGUAUUGUUUACAAAGUAAA